AUGGCAGAAAACUUCCAAGCAAAACUGUACCUUGAUGAAGACACAAAAAAUCUACCAUAUGAUAUGAGAGCUGAUCGAUUUGUGCAACGGAUAAACCGCAUUCUUCAACCGUUUGAUCCAGAGUUGAAGCUGGUAAGUGCAACCGCCUACGGGGCAUUUACAACUCAUGAGCUGAUUCCAGAUCAGGAGAAAGUCACCCUCGAGUCCACCUACACCCAUCCUGACGUUGCGUUCUCCUUCAACUAUCUUCCCGCUCGACCUCCUAUGUGUAAAGACUGUAAAGAUGAUGCUACAGUUCCGAAGAAGCCGAAGAAGAAGUUGUCUUACCUGAAAUUGAAGGAAAUCAUGUUGCAGGAUCUACACCUUGAGCUUGAAGAUGCCGACACCAAACUUAGCCCCAUUGUCAUCUGCACAUCCGACGAGGAUUUUGAGGAGGUGAUUGAACUGAUAAUUUCAUGGGGUUUCAAAGUCAUCUUACUCACCAAUGUUGAUGCUGAAGACUCGCUGAAAAACUCAGCUCAUUUGUGUUCGACUUCGUGGUUUUGA